GUUCUCCUCUGGCCUCUUCUGGAUUGGACAGCCAACACUACACCCGGAUUAUAAAGAGUAGCGGAAAGUGACAAUCUAGUCACACAGGCAACAUGAAGGUCCUUCUGCUCUUGGGAUUGGUGGCUGUCGCUCUGGCCGAGCUGACCAGCUUUGAGGGGGAGAAAGUCUUCCGUCUGAAACCCACCACUGAUGAACAUGUGACCCUCAUCAAGGAUCUGGCCCUCAGCAUGGAGGUUGAUUUCUGGAGCCCUGAGAGUGCUGAGCAGGUGACCAUUGACAUCGAUGUGGACAUCCACAUUCCCGCUUCCCACACCUCCAUGGUCUAUACCAUCCUUAAUCAGAGUGACAUGGAGCACGAGAUUUUGAUUGAGGAUCUCCAGGCUCAGAUUGAGGCUCAGGUGGAGAGCCGUACGGUCACUCCCAGGUCUCACAGCUACACCAAGUACAACAGCUGGGACAAGAUCCAGGCCUGGAUGUCCUCCGUCUCCGCUGCCAACUCUGAUCUGAUCAGCAGACAGGUGAUCGGAAAAACCUAUGAGGGCCGUCCCAUGAACGUGCUGCAGAUUGGCAAGAAGACUGGCUCCCCCAAGCCCGCCAUCUUCCUGGACUGUGGUAUCCAUGCCAGAGAGUGGAUCUCUACUGCUUUCUGCCAGUGGUUCGUCAACGAGGCUGUGACCACCUAUGGAAGCGACUCUCAGAUGACCAGCCUGCUGAACCAGAUGGAUGUUUACGUCCUGCCUGUCUUCAACAUUGACGGCUAUGAUUACACCUGGAAAAGCAACAGGAUGUGGAGGAAGACCCGCUCUAGCAAGUCCGGUACUAGCUGCCGCGGUGCUGACCCCAACAGGAACUUCAAUGCUGGCUGGUGCACCCUGGGAACCUCUAGCAACCCCUGCAGUGACAUCUACUGUGGCUCCAAGCCCGAGUCUGAAAUCGAGGUCAAGAAUGUGGCUGACUUCAUCCGCAAGAACAAGUCCAUCAUCAAGGCUUACAUCACCGUUCACUCCUACUCCCAGCUGCUCCUCUUCCCCUACUCUUACUCCUACCAGCUGGCUGCAGAUCACGCUGAGCUGAUGCACCUUGCUGAAGCUGCCACUAGUGCCCUGACCAGCUUGUAUGGCACCCAGUACACCCCCGGACCUGGGGCAACCACCAUCUACCCUGCUGCUGGAGGCUCUGAUGACUGGGCCUAUGACCUGGGUGUGAAAUACUCCUACACCUUCGAGCUGCGUGACACUGGUCGCUAUGGUUUCCUGCUCCCCGAGUCCCAGAUCAAGCCCACCUGUGAGGAGACCAUGUUGGCCGUGAAGUACAUCGCUACCUACGUGCAGAAGACCCUGUAAUAAACAGGUUGGAUCAUAGGAAGCCUUGGCCAUUGAAGAGUGUCUCCAGUUAAUCUUAGAUUAGGAACACAACCAUCAGUCCUUGUUCAUCCAUAUGUCAUCUUUCCUGUAUAUGUAAACAUCAAUAGGGAUACUAAGAUGAAAUAAAGACUUGCCAGAAAUAAUGAAGAAA